AUGAAAAUAUCAUCCAUAUUAGUUUUGAUUAUUUUUGAUAUUUUUGAAGAUAUUCAGGAGGAUAUCGAUGAAGAAGAUCUCAGUUUGCUCGAAAGGGCUUUUUAUGAGAUGCAAAAUGAUGGAACAGAUAAAUGGAAUCGCAAUCUUUAUUGGGUUCCUCCUAGUGAAGUUUUUAAUGUUAAAAUAUUGGUAAGUUUUAAAUUUCUUUAUUAUUAUGGGGAAAAAAAGUUUUUUCAGUUACGAGGUAUUGUUCCUCAUCCUGCUGGCUGUAUGCGUGCUCAAGGUUAUUAUAAGAUGUCGAAGAAGCAGAAGCGUGGAAUGAAGCGCCGUCCUGGUACUGGAGCUACAGAAAUUAGUGAACGAGAUGAAACAACUGUUCGACAUUUAGCACAAGCAACUAGAGAAGCUCGUUCUAUGAAUAGGAGAUUGCUUACUACUAUGGGCGAUGUUACUUCUGAUUUUUUCAAAAUAAAUCAGCUUAAAUAUCGAAAGAAGAUGGUCAAGUUUGCUCCAUCGCGAAUACAUGGCUGGGGUUUAUAUGCUUUGGAAGCAAUUGCUCCAGAUGAAAUGAUAGUUGAAUAUAUCGGGCAAAAAAUCAGACCAACUGUGGCCGAUGAACGAGAAAAACGAUACGAAAAACGUGGAAUGGGCUCGAUUCAUGACAUUCUGGAAUCAUUAUUUGUUGAAAUUUUGCAGGUUAUCGAUGCUACUCAAAUGGGUAAUUUUGCACGUUUUAUCAAUCAUUCGUGUCAGCCAAAUUGUUAUGCGAAAGUGCUCGUUGUGGAUGGAGAGAAAAGAAUUGUAAUUUAUAGCAAGGUACCGAUCAGUAAAGGUGAUGAAAUUACAUACGAUUAUAAAUUUCCUAUCGAGGAAGAUAAAAUUGACUGUUUAUGCGGGGCCUCCAAUUGUCGAGGAUCACUCAAUUAA